GAGCUGUCGGCGCCGAGAAACCCUCGAUUUCUCCGCCCGGAGCUGUUCCCCAGAUUCAAGGGCAUUGGCCGCGAGACUCACUCGGGCGAAUGCGCCCAAGCAGAUAGUAGAUACUUGGGCGGGGGGGUUGCAGCGGCUGGAGGUUUGUGUACUGCAGGUUGUUCUGAGACAGUCUCAAUCUCUCUGUUUUCCCCCCUAAUAGCUGUCGAGCGGGUUCAGUUGAGACACGGGGCCCGAGGGGAAAGAGGGAAAAUGGCACGAUUGUCGAGCGACAGGCAGAAAUGGGCGCAACAAUCCCAGCGUCUGGCUCAUUACGGAAGACACGAUUUGACGUUAGCAUCUCAUGGCGGGCCCAUCAACUGGCGAAGGGGAGAGGAAGAAAAGGCGAGAAGGAGAAAGGAAGAGGGAAAAGAAAGAAGAAGAAAGGGAGCGCAAAGGAAGAAGAAACAGAUGAAGUCUCGGCGAGGCGGCGAGGAUGGCAAAGGGAAGACGAAAACGAGGCGUUCUAGAGCGAGCGGGCAGGCAAAGAAGCCAUCGCAGCUGUUAGAGAGUGACGCGUUUAACGGCAGCAGCUCCAGGCGUGGCCAAAGUAUUGGAGCAAUAGGUUGCCAAGAGUGAGGAUGCAUCUGAGGCUGAGGAAAUGCGGACUAGGUAGACUCACUAGCAGGCAGGCACAGCGUCUGGGGGGGUGGCAUUACCUGAUUGAUUGAUGCGUGAUACUACCUGAUAC